AUGGAAAUUCUUGUCACCCCUGGCAAUCCUUCUGAAGAUCACAUACAGCUGGUUUUCCAAAGCUGGAAGCCUCACUGUUAUGUUCUUUCCCACACACAGGCUCGUGUUAUGUAUGAUUUUGCUGCUGAGCCUGGAAACAAUGAGCUGACGGUCAGUGAAGGGGAGAUCAUCACAAUCACCAACCCGGAUGUUGGUGGAGGCUGGUUAGAAGGAAAAAACAGCCAAGGCGAGAGAGGACUUGUUCCAACAGAUUAUGUUGAGAUUAUAACAGAAGGUGCAAAGGAUGGCAUUAGCUGUGGCAACUCAUUAGCUGAUCAGGCCUUUUUUGAUUCCCUUUCUUCAAGUACAGCUCAGACCAGCUCUGCUGCCAAAAGCAGUAAUCAGGCAAGCAUUGCCAAUGAUCCUUGGUCCAGCUGGAACGUUGGGAAGUCUGGGAACUGGGAUAAUGGAAAUGCUGUUGACAGCUGGGCAGUGAAACCUGAAAGUGCACCUGGCCAGAGAAACAGCGCUUCAAAUAACUGGGAGGCAGCAGCAGCAUUUGGUCAUCCACAGGCAUAUCAAGGACCAGCAGCUGCUGAUGACGAUGAUUGGGAUGAUGACUGGGAUGACCCAAAAUCAGCGUCACCAUCUUACCUUGGUUACAAGGAGACGGAGGCAUCAGAGGCUGGGGGGGUCCAGCGUGGGAAUUCUCGUGCAGCUGCUAUGAAGUUACCACUGAACAAGUUUCCUGGAUUUGCAAAACCUGGAAUGGAACAGUAUCUGUUGGCAAAGCAGCUAGCAAAACCCAAAGAAAAAAUUCCCAUAAUUAUUGGUGAUUAUGGCCCAAUGUGGGUAUAUCCUACCUCUACAUUUGACUGUGUGGUGGCAGAUCCCAAGAAAGGUUCUAAAAUGUAUGGUCUCAAGAGCUACAUUGAGUAUCAGCUGACCUGCACUAACACUAAUCGGUCUGUCAACCACAGAUACAAGCACUUUGACUGGCUGUAUGAGCGGCUCCUGGUUAAAUUUGGAUUAGCCAUUCCAAUCCCUUCUCUUCCAGACAAGCAAGUAACAGGGCGCUUUGAAGAAGAAUUUAUCAAAAUGCGCAUGGAGAGGCUGCAGGCUUGGAUGACGAGAAUGUGUCGCCAUCCUGUUGUCUCAGAAAGUGAAGUUUUCCAGCAAUUUCUCAAUUUCCGAGAUGAGAAGGAGUGGAAAACUGGAAAGAGGAAGGCAGAAAAAGAUGAAACUGUAGGAGUCAUGAUCUUUUCUACAAUGGAACCAGAAGCUCCUGACUUGGACAUGGUAGAAAUAGAACAGAAAUGUGAUGCAGUGGGUAGGUUCACCAAAGCAAUGGAUGAUGGAGUUAAAGAGCUGCUGACAGUGGGACAAGAGCACUGGAAGAGGUGUACAGGGCCACUACCCAAGGAAUACCAGAAGAUAGGAAAAGCAUUGCAGAGCCUGGCACUGGUCUUCAGCACUAGUGGAUACCAAGGAGAAUCUGAUCUCAAUGGAGCAAUAACAGAAGCAGGGAAAACUUACGAAGAAAUUGCCAGUCUUGUAGCAGAUCAGCCAAAGAAAGAUCUUCACUUUUUGAUGGAAACAAAUCAUGAAUACAAGGGAUUUCUUGGUUGCUUCCCCGACAUCAUAGCAGCUCAUAAGGGAGCAAUAGAACGAGUGAAGGAAAGUGACAAGUUAGUUGCAACCAGUAAAAUAACGCCACAAGACAAACAGAACAUGGUGAAACGUGUGAGCACCAUGGCUUAUGCACUACAAGCUGAGAUGAAUCACUUCCACAGUAACCGGAUCUAUGACUACAACAGCGUCAUUCGUCUCUAUCUGGAGCAGCAGGCGCAGUUCUAUGAAACGAUUGCACAGAAGCUGAGGCAGGCACUCAGCCGCUUUCCUGUGAUGUAGAGAAUAAGGAGUAUUCAACAAUACAGAACAACUCCAAAGUGCUUUUCUGUUGUGGGGGCAAUGCUAAUAAAAACUUGUUAGCCUUUGCAAAAAAAAAUCCUAAAAAACCCCAAACCAACAAGAAUCAGUUGUUAAAAAGUAUUAUUUCAAAUUUUACUUUAUCAGCCUAAAUCAUACAGUAAGGCUCUCCUGUCUUGAAAGCUCUCCCAUUUAUAUCAUUAUUUAAAUAAAAACAGGUGGGUAAUGCUGUCACUUAUAGGGAUCUAAAUUAUCAAACUGAUAUGUUGCCAUGGACUUCACAAAGACUUGUCUAUCAGAUGUUAUUCCAAAAACUCUGCAUCAACACCAGAGUGACACAUUUGUAGCUUUUUUCUUUUUUUAAUGGGAAAACAGACAAACUUAAGAAAAUUACCUAAUACUCAUUAUAUUCAGUUGAGCUCUCCAGCAAUUCAGUAACCAGGAGGAAUUAUAUUCAUGUAUGUUCCUGGCACAUGUUUGUGAUAUCUCCUGAAUGAAUGCCUUGUUCUUAAGUUUUGCUUCCCAUAUGCAGCCAUGGCAUCCUGCUCCCAGUAUGACUUCUGGUAAAUAUAAAUCAUUCUUCCCUCUCUUCUUUUUCCUUCUAACUAAAUCUUGUUCUUGUGGCACACCACCUCGGAGCUUAUGUCAGGCUCACUUUUUCACUAUGCACUGUGUAAGAAGACAAAGUACAAACAAGGAACGAGCCAUUCAGGAAAGUGUGAAAAACAGUUUUCCAAACCAGCACUUUGACACCCCCAGUGUUAUGCCAUAAGGCACUGGUGUUUCUCAGUGCUCUACAGGGCCAGCUUCCCCUCUGACAGUUUGUAGUGUUUCAGCAGAGGGGACAGUGCCACAUCUAACCCCAACUAGUAGACAUCCCCAAAUUCCAGCUAAGCUCAGGUCUUCGUGUAGUAGUGUGGUGUGCUGUUGGUUCAGGUGAACUUUUUGUUGCCUUCUGAUGCAAAAUCAAAGGUGACAAAAGUACUGAAUAGCAUCAUUAGUUAUUACACAAACUGUUCUUUGAUCAUCAGCUUUUAUCAAGUGACUCAGUAUCCUCUUCCAUACUACUGAAAUACCAUUUGAGGCCUUGGCUUUUCACAGAAUCAAACCAAAAAAAGCCACCACUACUGUGUUCAGAAUGGGCACCAAGUACAGUAACUCAUUUCUUGCCAUAGGCAAGCAGGAAAGCCAAAAUACAGUUUCUACUAAAAUGUGCCUAGAAAAUAAAUAUUUUAAUUUAAAAAAAA